AUCCACCAUUCGUAACACAAACUCAAAGCAUAGAGCAGAAACAGAGGAGCCCAAGAAGAAGCUCAGAAAUUCUAAUGAUGGCGUCCCUAUUUUCCCAUUCAGAAUCCGUGCUUUAAGUCUUUUGGUUUCUUUGACUUCCGCUUCAACAACGUUUCUUCUCGUUCGUGCAACAGUCUCCUAAUGCCCAGGUAUUCAUGGAGGCGCUUUGAAAGUAAAUAUGAUGGAUGGUGUGAGACUUUCUUCUUUAUGGGUGGUAUGACCAAUAAGAGCAAUUGUUGCUGCACUGCAAGAUUGCCUAUUGAUGGAGAAGAUAGCAAUCUUGCAAGGAAAUCCGCGUUAUUCUAUAGACCUAGGGAAAAUGAAAUGGAUUUCUCUUUUGAAGGUUUAGACAUCAGACUUGAUAACUGUCUUAAAUUGGUGUCGAUGUCUGGGAUUGUGACUCUCCUUGGUACGCAAGAAGCAAUUGCUGCUUCUGAUAUUGCUAUGAAAUUACCAGUAACAUCCAUCUUUGGAGAUCUUGGAGAUAUAAGCACAGGUUUUGCUUCAGCAUUCUUGUUGAUAUUCUUCUCAGAGCUCGGUGACAAAACCUUCUUUAUUGCAGCUCUUCUGGCUGCUCGAAACUCUCCCGUAGUCACAUUUUUGGGGACAUUUGGUGCACUAACGGUAAUGACGAUCAUUUCUGCGGUCAUUGGGCGUACAUUUCACUAUGUGGAUGGUAUCCUUCCAUUCAGGCUUGGUGGCACUGAAUUGCCUAUUGAUGAUAUUGCUGCAGUUAUCCUUCUGCUGUAUUUUGGUGUUUCGACCUUGCUUGAUGCCUCUCGGAAUGGAGUGAAAGCUGAAGAACAGGAGGCAGAGCUGGCAGUUUCAGAGCUGUCGGGAAAUGGUGCAGAAAUAUCUGCUGCUGCUACUAGCGCUGUUAUUAGCACAUUUGUUUUAGUUUUUGUUGCUGAAUGGGGUGACAAAUCAUUUUUCUCUACAAUAGCUCUAGCUGCAGCCUCUUCACCUCUUGGAGUAAUUGCCGGUUCCCUUGCUGGCCAUGGAGUGGCAACGCUGCUUGCUGUUCUAGGCGGUUCCUUACUGGGGACAUUCUUAUCUGAGAAGGUCAUUGCGUACAUUGGUGGCACUCUGUUCCUAUUAUUUGCUGUGGUAACCUUGGUAGAGAUUGUGAAGUGAAUACAGGUCUGCUCCGAAUUUUUAAAAAAGUCGGACUGCUUACGUAGGCUGCUAUAGAGCUGACAGAAGUGUAACAGAACCGAGGCCUUCCAUGUGAUUAAAUGUUUCUUAUCAGCAGAGUUUGAUAAGUCUCCAAACUUUUAUAGGGCAAGCAAAUGAAGCCGCUCAUUUCCUGGCCCAGGUUUCCUUCUCGUCUCGCACCCCAAAAAUUUUCACCCAAGCCUCUGAUCUGCCGAUUCGUGUUCGUGGAGCUAUGAAUUUGGAUAGGGAAGGUUGUUCGAACGUUAGGAUUGCCUAAUCUUUUCAUGCAGCUUUCCUUUUUCUGUUUGUUGUUUUUAUUUGUUGCUUUCAUCUUGUUGUUAUUGGGCCUUCUCGCCCCAUUUUGUAUUUGAGGUAUUUUUUAAUAAAAUCCGGUAAAUGUUCCCCGGCAUUUACCCCACUGAUGGUGGUUUACCAACCGGGACAAAAAAAAAAAAAAGGACUUUUCAUGUCCAGCCGGCCUGACGGGAACCGCCGUCCGGCCGAGGGCAUUUCGGGCACUUCCCGG